CACGUCGGGUCACGUGGUCGCUGUUGCGCUCACGCGGAGUUUCAGCCCUGAAGUUAUAGGACCGUGGCGAAGUUAUCUUAGAGGAUGAAGACGAGGAGAAAUGUGCUGAAGCAGCUCUUUUAUAAAGAGGUCACAGUGGAGAUGGAGAGGCUCCUCACAGCUGGGAGGAAAAUUGUGGACUGUGAUGUUUAUCAUUCAGCUGGACAGGUUCCUCUCAGUCAGCAGCGAUAAUGACAGAGAACUGAGCGCUGCUCUUUCACUCGGCUGCCCAGAUGCCUCCCACCACUCCAGCUAUCACACUGACCGACGAGAUGACAGCAGCCAACCCCAGCUUCUACUCCGUGCAAAGAAAUACAGCGAGAGAAGCGCAAAAACACGAGGGAGCGAUCCAGAAAACAUGUCACUCAGUCAGUCACCAAAUCCAUGAAAGCAGCCCCACCAGAUGGCGCACACAGCCCUGACCGACGCUCACCCUGUGGCUCCUUCAACAUAACAUGACAUAACAUGACAUCUGAUGCAAAAAUGUGCAAUGCCCAUACUGGGAUACUGUGGCUUCAGCAGUUUGACCCCUGCGUGAAUGUCUUAUAAUCGUGUGCUCAUGUCCUUUUUUUUUUUUUUCGGACCGUGCAGGCAGAAGUGUGUUGUUUUGGGUUUUCUUUAGCCAGACCAGGCUGGCAAAACUUCCACUUUAAGAAGGCGCGUCUACGCUGCAGUGUAGUGUGUUUAUUACAAUCCUUAAAGUGGCACAUGGAAACCAUAGCCGAUCUCUGCAUGGCACGCGUCUAGACCUACAGAUCCAGUCUGUCCGGUGUGCUCCAGAGAGCCUGAUCCUCGCAGUGUUCUUCCUGUCUUGACUAUUUUUAUCCGCGGCACCUUCAGUGUAUGCUGCAGCGGGAGCUCCGCACACACCGAGGCGCACCGAGAGCCGAGGCAGGCAGGCAGGCAGGCGGGCAAGGCAGGGGAGGAUCGGCGAGGCGGACUCGAGGCGGGCGGCUGCCGGGGUGCUCAGGAGCCGCGCCGAGGCGUGAGACAGUCAAAGCCGUCAAAAGGUGAAGCACGCUGGAGGUGUGGGAGUGAAAUGGAGGCACCGCCGGGGACGAGCCGCUGCGAGCGCACCUUGGCCAAACGGGAGUAAACCGAGCGGUGAAUCGGGUCGGGAUGGCAGCAUCCAGCAACUCAAGCCUCUCAGGUUCAUCUGUGUCCUCUGACCCUGAGGAUUACCAACCACCUAUAUGGAAGUCCUACUUGUACCAGCUACAGCAGGAAGCCCCGAGACCAAAGAGGAUCACAUGUCCUCAGGAGAUGGAGAGCAGACCCAAAUACUACGGCAGAGAAUUUCAUGGCAUGAUCCCUCGAGAAUAUGCAGAUGAGCUGCUGGCGGGAGCAGAAGGUGCUUACCUAAUCAGGGAGAGCCAAAGACAGCCAGGGACACACACCUUGGCCUUAAGGUUUGGUCACCAGACCCUCAACUACCGAUUGUUCUAUGACGGGAAGCACUUUGUCGGGGAGAAGAGGUUCGAGUCGGUCCACGACCUCGUGACGGACGCCCUCAUCACUCUCUACAUCGAGACCAAGGCGGCUGAGUACAUUGCCAAAAUGACCACGAACCCCAUCUACGAGCAUCUUGGUUACACUUCGUUGCUCAAGGACAAGAUGGUGCACAGGCUGAGCCGGGGACGCACAGAACCACGCAGAGUCACCUUCCAGAGGGAUGAAAGGAUCUCCUCACCUCUGGUGCGACGGAGUGCCUUGAAAGACACGCAGGAGAAGCAGUGCUCCUACGAGAAGAUACACAACUUCAAGGUACACACCUUCCGAGGGCCGCACUGGUGCGAGUACUGCGCCAACUUCAUGUGGGGCCUCAUCGCCCAGGGUGUCCGCUGCUCAGAUUGUGGGCUGAAUGUACACAAACAGUGCUCCAAACUGGUUCCCAGCGACUGCCAGCCGGACCUGCGCAGGAUCAAGAAAGUGUUCAGCUGUGACCUCACCACGCUCGUCAAAGCUCACAACACGACACGACCCAUGGUGGUGGACAUGUGCAUUCAGGAGAUAGAGCUGAGAGGUAUGAAAUCCGAAGGCCUCUACCGAGUGUCUGGCUUCUCAGAGCACAUAGAGGACGUGAGGCUCUCCUUCGACCGAGAUGGUGAGAAGGCGGACAUCAGUGCCAGUGCCUAUGCAGACAUCAACAUCAUUGCUGGUGCUCUGAAGCUCUACUUAAGAGACCUUCCCAUUCCAGUCAUCACGUUUGACCUGUACUCCAAAUUUAUUCAAGCUGCAAAACUUCCACAUGCUGAAUCCAGACUGGAGGGCAUCCAUGAGAGUUUGCUGCAGCUCCCUCCAGCCCACUACGAGACACUACGGUACCUGAUGGCUCACCUCAAAAGGGUCACUCUGUUCGAAAAGGACAAUUUAAUGAAUUCUGAAAACCUUGGGAUUGUGUUCGGUCCAACGCUUAUGCAGCCACCGGAGCUGAAUGCCUUGACUACCCUGAAUGACAUGAGGCAGCAGAAACUGGUGGUGCAGCUUAUGAUCGAGCAUGAAGAUGUCUUAUUCUGAGGACCGAGGCAUGCAGCCCUUACUGCAGAAACGAAGGACAAUUAUUUAUUCUGUCACAAGAGGAAAUUCAAGCCACCUUGAUUCUAAUGAAGUUCCAGAAAUGUUUGUAAUCAAAUCGAACUUGAAAUGCUUCUUUCUCGCAUGACUGUUUUAGUUGAAGUUGGUUUAGUGUUGACAUCGUCUUGUUACUGUAAAGUUCUGGGUUUUCAUAGUCAGCUGCGACCAUCGUUUUUAUAUUAGGAAAGGAUCCAGUAUUUUUAACUACCUACAGUGCUGUUCCCUCCUCUCCUUGAUUUGAAGACUGUCACUACCUGGUGUAGACUCAGUCAUGUUGACAGCACUGUGUGAAACCUGCCUCAGGCAGAUCGUCAAUCAGUGAAGGCCUGGCGCUGUGUAAACCGGGUGUCACGGCAGCAACCAAGCUAACUUUCCCACAUGUGUGCAUAUUAUGAUUUUAGUGGGAACACUGGUUAAAAUGUCAUUGUAGAUAAAAAAUCCGAUCAUGUAAUGAUCCAUAUUUUAACUGUGUCUACUAAAAUAUGAGAGAUGAGACAAUUGGGCGCUCGUGAAGCACUUUUUUGCAACAAGUGUAAAGAUUUAUUUUGUAAAGAUGUUUAUUUUUGUCUUUUACUCUGCAUCCUGUUCUGUUGUCACAGUAAUACAGUAUAUACUGUUGAGAAUGGUGUCGAAUUUGUCGUCUGAAUACAAAACUCUUCACAAGAGAAAAGAAGAAUCAGAAGAGCGAUUCUGUGGAUUAACCAUUUUCAUUUGCAGCGUACUCAGUGUUAUGAUGAGGAAUCCAUAAGUGGAUUAAAUAUUGAUCAUUCUAAUUCACAUGCUAUAUUGCAGAUUGCGCACCACAUGAGCAAAGCUCGUCUGCACACAUGUCGGUUGCCAGUUUGUAGUAUUUCUGUUUACAUGCUGUAAUUUGGGAUAUUUUCAUGUGAAAAAUAUGAUCUGGGCCCUUUUCUUUCUUCUUGUAUGUCAGUAACAUGUCUCGGUGCAGGAACAGUUGCCUUUCACUUCACAAUGCCAUAGAAGUUGAUAGUCUUACUAAAGCUGUACCAGCAUGUUGCUUUCACAGUUGGUUUGAUGUGAUUAAGUAAAAUGCUUUCUACAAAUCCAUUUUAUCAAAAUGUAUUUUUGUGACGGUUGCAAUUUAUCAAAUGAUGGUUUAUUAAA